AUGCGGCCGUGCACGUACGAAUUUUCGAGAGGACGUGGAACGGGCGUUGCUGAAGCUAUCGGCAACUGGGGUUUUUCCAACAGUGUUUCUAGCCCUGGUCAAGAGCUUCGUCGCUUGCAAUGUCUUUUCGCAAAAAUGGACAGCCUUCGUUCCACAAAGAAACCGAUGUGCGUACGUUACGAUUGUAGGAACGACCCGGAAGCUUGGGAAGUAAAACCUAGUCCUCACGAGUGCAAGCCGGCUUGGACUUUUCCUGAAAAACGACCCCUGAUAGUUUACAAUUCAUGUGCCGAUAUCAUUGUCGUAUCGAAUCUCGUUGACGUUGGGAGUGAUUUGAGCUAUCCGAUACCCGGCCGCAGCUACAUGGCACAAGGAUCUAACAAAUGGUACAAAAGAGGUCCGGACUGUUGUCCUCAGCCGAGUUGCCUCGCCCCACAGUGUCCAAGGCCCUGCUGCAACUGA